AUGAGCUCUCUUCGCUUCGCUCGCUCUGCUCUCAGGGCUCGUCCCUCUGCUCUCCGCGUGCCUCUCCAGCGCAGAGGCUACGCUGAGGCUGUGUCGGACAAGAUCAAGCUUUCUCUGGCCCUUCCUCACCAGACUAUCUUCAAGUCGACCGGCGUUGUCCAGGUCAACAUCCCCGCCGAGUCCGGAGAGAUGGGUGUCCUCGCCAACCACGUUCCCUCCAUUGAGCAGCUCAAGCCCGGUCUCGUUGAGAUCGUUGAGGAGGGUGGUGCCAACAAGAAGUUCUUCCUCUCUGGUGGCUUCGCCGUCGUUCAGCCUGACUCAGCUCUGAGCAUCAACGCCGUGGAGGCAUACCCCCUCGAGGACUUCAGCGCCGAUGCUGUCAAGUCCCAGAUCGCCGAGGUCCAGAAGAUUGCCAAUGGUAGUGGCAGCGAGCAGGACAUUGCUGAGGCCAAGAUUGAGCUCGAGGUUCUGGAGACCCUGCAAGCCGUCCUGAAAUAG